AUCCCGCGCGUUUCACCCGUUUCACAUCUUGCAGUUCGGUGGCGUGUGAUCUAUCAUGGACAAAUUCAUCAUUAUCUUAUUUAUUUAUGUAAAUAUUCAGUCCGAAACAAGAUGGCGGUUGUACUAGUCGGUCGGGUCUAAUUCGGCGUAGUGGAAAAUUGGAAUAUUUCUGAAGAAAUUCGCGGUAUUUUCGGCAGUAAAGGGCGAAUAAAGUUGCAGAAGGGUGCCGGGACGGCAGAAGUAGUGAAUAUCUGUUCGAAAAGGCGUGGAUUGACGGUGUAGGAACAAAAUCUUCGGUGAACGGUGAAGCACGCGGUUCGGCCACGCUGAAAAAGUGAAGAGAAGGAAGUGAAGUGACGAAGAAGACGAAAACGGAAACAAGAAAAACAGUGAGAAAAGGAGAAGAAGGACAGGGCCUUGCGGCCACGGAAAACAGUGCAUAGAGGAAAACAGGAAGAUAAGCCGAAAAAGUGACAAAAGAAGCGGGGAAGAAGAAGAAGGAAGGCAGAGACCUUACGGCCGGAUAAAAAAGUGAAGAGAAGGAAGUGAAGUGACGAAGAAGACGAAAACGGAAACAAGAAAAACAGUGUGAAAAGGAGAAGAAGGGCAGGGCCUUAUGGCCACUUGGAAAAAGUGAAAAGAAAAACCACGAAGAAAAAACAAGGAAGAAAAAGGAAGUGUAGAGGGAAAUAAUAGUUUGCAAAAGAGAAGAAAACUGUGAGAAAAAGAAGGAGGGAAGGCAGGGCCCACGGCCGCUUGGAAAAGUGGAAAAAGGGAAUAAGAAGAAAGGAAGUGCACGGAAGAAAAUAAUAGGCGCAAAGUUAUAGGAGCAAAUACACGGAGAUCAAAAAAGGAAAGCGGAAAUACGAUACGGGCUGGCGGCUUCGGUCUUAGGAGUGAUCUCAGCGCCAAGAGCACGUACCAGAAGGAAGUCGACGUCGACCCUGGACUAGGGGAUCCCAAGCAACCUGGCAAUUGAAUGACGACAAGACAUCAGCACCACAUAUCUCGAACUACUGUAAGUACGUAGAACAUAAGAAAUAGCGAAUACAGCAAAAGCCGAUAGGAGGGGGUUUUGAAACAGCUAGCAGCCUCCCGCACCGUAAGGACGAUGGCCUCGACUGGACCCCAACGCAUAGCUCAAAGCAGGAAGACAGCGGCCGGAAGGGUCACCACCAGGCAGCAAUCGGGGAAAUCGGGCAGCACAGCGGCCAGCGUCGCUUCACAAAAUUCAACCGGGAAUGGAGGUCCCAACACGGAACCCAACCAAACAGCAACGGUGGUUUUAGAGAUGAUUGACACGGAGAAGAAUCACCCUAACCACCCAACUCUCGUGGGAAAAUUCCUGAGAGAGCGAGGCUACCUAGAUUGCACAGAGAUAACCAAGCUGGGCAAAUUCCGCUUCAAGGUAGACACCAAAUCUGAAGCAGGACUAAGGCGUCUAAACUUGGCAGAGAUAAACCUGAGGCCGUACGAACCUAAAAAUAGGAACCACACCAUCGCUUUUGUUCGGGGGGUACCGGAAAGCUUUGCAGAAGAGGAGAUGCUGGACAACUCGGAAGCGGAGUACCAAGUAAUCCAGGUCCAGCGUAUCAAGCGCCGAGACAGAAAUGGUGGCCUCCAGGAUACGACGAACAUCAAGGUCACGGUAGAAGGAACCCAAGUGCCAAAAUGGCUCAAGAUCUACGGAUGCAACUUCAGACCGGAGCUCUACAUCUUCCCGAUUCGCCAAUGCCAAAACUGCUGGAGGUUUGGUCAUGGAGCGAAGUUUUGCACUGCGAGGGCAAGAUGCGGUACCUGCGGCGGGAAUCAUCCCACCAGAGAGUGCAAUACAGAUGCAAAAUGUCCAAAUUGCCGAAGCCAACACAGCGCAAACGACCCAGGAUGCCCAGAAAGGAAGCGACACGUGAAGAUCCGAGAAAAAAUGAGGGAGAAGCAAAUCAGCUACGCUCAGGCCGAGACCCAAUACCCAAAGCUGCAGAACCGCUUCAACCUCCUCGAGGAGCUGGAAGAAGAGGAAGGAGUCGGAUUUCCAACACUCCAAGAAUACUCGCAUCGCAAAGGGCCAACGGGUGGGCGAGGCCCCCAGAAAGGACAGGCGGUCUCUAAUCCUCGUGGGAGUAGCCGCGAAAGAACGGAACACUCCGAAAACGCAAUGGAAGUCCCGCCACAACACAUCGAACGGCGAACAACAUGCCCAAACUGCCGGGACAAUCCACUCAAAGCCACCGAGUUUGAACGGUUUAUUUCGUGGCUAAGGAAGGAAUUCCUCGCGGAGAAAAGGUCUAGGCGUUGGAUUGAGGACCUCCAGGUUCUACAGCAAAAGAUAGCUCGGAAGGCGCAACACGCGAAGUCCGAACUAGAAAGAGAUCAGUUGCUGGUGGAGAUCGGACAGGACAUACAGGCCAUCAUCGAAGGACAACCAACACCCGAGAAAGAUAUCCCCAGAUCCAACACAGGUAGUCACAGUGGAGUGUAA